AUGGCCCUCGGAACUCUCCCACCAUCAAAUGGCGAAGCUUGUGGCCAAGACAACGGAGGCUGUGAACAGAUAUGUGAGUCCUCAUCAGGUAGCACCACUGCCUAUGCCUAUAAAGGAUUCAGACUGCGGGAGGAUCAGUCCUCGUGUGAAGAUGUGAACGAGUGUGAAAUUGAAAAUGGUGGUUGUGAAGGUGCUUGCUUCAACAAAGUAGGAACUCACCAGUGCUAUUGCCCCAAAGGGUAUAGACUUGCCACCAAUGGUAAAACCUGUAUUGACAAGAAUGAGUGUCGCCUGAGAAAUGGCCAUGGACCUUGUCAGGAUACGUGUACCAACACAGAGGGUGGCUAUAUUUGUUCUUGUGAUAGUAUACCAGGAACACAUUUAGGUGCUGACAACCACACUUGCGAAGAUGUAGAUGAGUGUGCAAUCAAUAAUGGAGGUUGUUCCCAUAUAUGUCUCAACACCUUUGGACAGAUCUUUUGCACCUGUCCUGAGGGAUUUAUCAUGGCCAUGGAUUGGAAGACAUGUGAGGAUGUCAAUGAAUGUGAACAUGAAGAAAUUGCCAGUAAGUGUGAACAUGGAUGCAUUAACACUCCUGGAAGCUAUCAUUGUGCUGAGGCUGAUGAGUUUGUUUUGGCCCUAGAAUGCCCUCCUGGCCUCAGUCCUACAGAAGAUAAUCAAAGUUGUCAGGAUGUUGAUGAAUGCAAAAAUGACAACCAUGGGUGCUCAGAUAUAUGUGUGAACACUCAUGGUGAUGCUCACUGUUCUUGCCCAGUUGGGUACUCCCUUGGCUUUGACAACAAAACAUGCCAUGAUAUUGAUGAAUGCAGUACUGGUGAUAAUGGAUGCUCACUGGGUGGUGAAAAUAGUGAGGGUUCAUAUUCUGUACCUGCCCUGAAAGUUUCACACUUUCUCCAUCUUUGA